UUCACACCGGGGAGAGGCCGUUCACCUGCUCUGUGUGUGGGAAGGGAUACAUUCAGUCAUUCCACCUGAUUACGCACCAGCGGGUUCACACUGAUGAGAGACCUUUUCAGUGUCCGGUCUGUGAGAAGUGCUACAAAAGUUCCAGGGAACUGAUGAGCCAUCAACGGGUUCACACUGACGAAAGACCGUUCAGAUGCUCUCACUGUGGGACUGGAUUCAGGCGAUCCUCUCAACUCACUGUCCACCAGAGAAUUCACACCGGGGAGAGGCCGUUCACCUGCUCCAAAUGUGGGAAGGCAUUUACUCAGUUAUCCACAUUGCUGAGACAUCAGCGAGUUCACAGAUGACGACAGUGAUUUAGCUUUUAUUCAUUAAUAAUGAACUAUGUUCAUCGGUAUGUGUCUGCUGAUCUUCACAAACUCCAGACGAAUUGUUGGUGUUGAUAAUCCUGCAUAAACGACAAAGAAAUCUAUCUUUUGUGAAAUACAGGGUUUCUAGUCGUCUUAAUGUCUUUUCAACACAUUCGUUCCUUUGAAGGCAUCCUCCUACAUAGCCUCCAAUCUCCAUCCAGAAACAGAUGUAGCCUACCCAGACACCCCCGCGGUGCGGGGUGUCCCCAUGUCGUCAUCAUAGGGAGAUACCGCGCAUGCGCACGGCCGCCGCCGCCUGGAGCCUGUCAUGGCGACGGAGGGGUGUUUGCUUCUGAGCUGCUGAAGUGUCAGGGACCAGGCGGGAAGAAACGGCCGAUGGAUCGGACGGGUGGAUGGAGCCGCGUGAAUGUUACAUGAGUAACUUCAGAGUGGAAUCUCAAACCAAACAUCACGUCAAAAUCUGACUGUCACUGAUGCGUCUGGACAUUCAGCAGAACGGAGUCUCAAAACAGAGAGAGACCAUUUCGGAGCCAAUUUGUAUUGGGGGUUUCAGCAGGAGAGGGUGUGGAGCUGGGAAUCUCAAUCCACCGAGACGUCAGCCGGUUUAUUGCAACCCGAGAGUUGUUGGGUUUUGAACAUGGAAGGAAAGGGCGCCGCUCACACUGGAGAGGAGCCGUACACAUGUUCGGAGUGCGGUCGAGGCUUCAGCCAGUCGUCCGACCUGUUAAGGCACAAGCGCUGCCACACUGGGGAGAAACCGUACACGUGUCCCGAGUGUGGGCGAGCCUUCAGCCAGUCAUCCGACCUGUCCGAACAUCAGUGCAGUCACACCGGGCAGAAACCGUGGAAGUGCGGGGACUGUGGGAAGGGAUUCAUUUCCCAGUCACAGCUGGAGACCCAUCGGCGCAGUCACACCGGCAAGAGGCCGUUCACCUGCUCCACGUGCGGGAAGGGCUUCACUGCCCCUUCCAAACUCCGGACGCACCAGCGGGUCCACACCGGGGAGUGGCUGGUUACCUGCUCGGAGUGCGGCAAGGGCUUCACUCAGUCAUCCCACCUGCUCAAACACCAGCGAGUUCACACCGGGGAGAGGCCGUUCACCUGCUCCACGUGCGGGAAGGGAUUCACUCAGUCCUCCGACCUGCUGUUACACCAGCGAGUGCACACCGGGGAGAGGCCUUUCACCUGCUCCGAAUGUGGGAAGGGUUUCACGGUGUCGUCCGACCUGCUGAGGCACCAGCGGGUUCACACCGAUGAGAGACCUUUCAAAUGCUCAGACUGCGGGAAGUGCUUCAAGAGCUCCAGCGACCUGAUGUCUCAUCAACGGGUUCACACCGACGAGAGACCGUUCAUUUGCUCUCACUGUGGGGCUGGCUUCAGGCGAUCCUCGCAACUUACUGUGCACCAGCGCGUCCACACCGGGGAGAGACCGUUCGCCUGCCCCGAGUGUGGGAAGGGAUUCCCUCAGUUAUCGCACCUGCUGAGACACCAGCGCGUUCACCAGUCAGGACCGGAAUGUCUUUGGAUUCAGAACAUGGAAGCAAAGAGCACCGUUCGAUGCAGAGAGAAACCGUACACGUGUUCUGCGUGUGGACGAGUCUUUAGCCAUUCCUCUGGCCUGUCGAGACACAAGCUCAGUCACACUGGGGAGAAACCGUGGAAGUGUGGGGACUGUGGAAAGGCAUUCACCUCACCCUCGGACCUGGAACGACAUCGGCGCAGUCACACUGGGGAAAGGCCGUUCACCUGUUCUGAAUGUUGGAAGGGAUUCAACCAGUUGUCCAACCUACUGCAGCACCAGCAGGUUCACACCGACGAGAGACCUUUCGGGUGUCCAGACUGCGGGAAGUGCUUCAAAAGGUCCUGGGACCUCAUGUCCCAUCAACGUGCUCACACCGAUGAGAGGCCGUUCAGAUGCCCCCACUGCGGGACAGGAUUCAAGAAGUCGUACAACCUGACCAUACACCAACGGCUUCACACUGGGGAGAGACCCACUGCAUCUGCGUUGGAAUGUGGCCCGGAAGUUUAUUCACGUGCCACACAAACGGUCCCAACCCCCCGAUUCACUGAUUGGUUGGAGGACCAGCCCCUCCGCAGCCAUUACCCUCGCAAUUGGUUCAGAGCGGCCGUCAAUCAGCGUGCCUCAUUGUCCGUCAUUGGCGGGGCGGUCGCGACCGCGCCCAUUUCCCCUGCUCAUCGUCCGAAGCUGCCGUCAAUCACCGCUCCCCCUUUGUUUGCCGCUCGGAGGACCAGCGCCAACCCCGCCCCAUCCCCUGUGACUGGCCCAGUGCUGCCGUCAAUCAUCGCUCCCCGUUGUGGGUGUUUCACAGCCCAGCCCCGCCCGUCCAGCUGCUAUUGGCCUGAAGCUGCCGUCAAUCACUACUCCCCAUUGUGUGCGCUGGAGGACCGCGUGGGGACGAAAUGUCCCCUGAGGAUGCACCAGCGGCUCCUUCAGCUGAUCACUCCAGGGGCGGCAGGCUCCUUGCCCAGGGACUGCAGAAGCAGCCGCUGCAGCCUGGCGCCACCUGCAUCUGCUGGGAGCCUGCAAGAAGCCCCGCCCCCUUCCUCCCAGGGCGCCCCGCCCACUUAUAGUGACCUCACCGGGGGAGGCUGCGCAUGCGCCAGACUCCUCCUCCUUCCCCCCCCCCUCAUCGGGCUCCAAGAUGGCGGCCGCGAGCUCAGGCCGACCCCCGGGUCCAAGCCCCCACCCUCCAAACGCCCUCACCGGCUGCGGAGCGUCCGAAAGGCAACGUCGGUCCCCGUCGUCAUCGGUGGCGGCGCGCAUGCGCCACACGCGCCGCGGACAAAGGGGGGGAAUGUCACAACCGCGGGGCAUGAUGGGAGGACGGAGCCAGCGUUGGAGGCCGCUGGAGGGUGGUACUCGAGGAAGGGGGUGGGGCCGGAGAACCGCGCAUGUGCAGUUGGAGGACGCAGGAGGGUGGUACUCGAGGAAGGGGGCGGGGGCCGGAGAACCGCGCAUGUGCAGUUGGAGGACGCAGGAGGGUGGUACUCGAGGAAGGGGGCGGGGCCGGAGAACCGCGCAUGUGCAGUUGGAGGACGCAGGAGGGUGGGUCUGGGACGAUCGACGAUCUUGCAGUUGGGAAACACAAACCAGGCAUCACAUCAGGAACUGGCAAUAUAUUGUAACUAUUAUCAGACUUUGAACAUGGAAGUUAAAAAUGCUGCUGACAGAGGGAAGAAGCAGCACGUGUGUUCUGUGUGUGGGCGAACCUUCAGCCGAUUAUAUUAUCUGUCAAAACACCAUUGCAGUCAGACUGGGGAGAAACCGUGGAGAUGUGAGGAAUGUGGGAAGGGAUUCGUUUCCCCAUCGAAGCUGGAAACUCAUCGACGCACUCACUCCGGGGAGAAGCCGUUCAUCUGCUCCGAGUGUGGGAAGGGCUUCGCACAGUCAUCCACCCUGCAGACACACCAGCGAGUCCACACUGGCGAGAAACCUUUCACGUGCCCAGAUUGCGGCAAGUGCUUCAAAGGCUCUGGGGAGCUGAUAUCCCACCAACGUGUUCACACGGAUCGAAGACCCUUCCAGUGUGCGGAGUGUGGGAAGUGCUAUAAACGUUCGGGGAACCUGAUGUCGCAUCAGCGCGUUCACACCAACGAGAGGCCGUUCCGGUGCCCUCAGUGUGGGAGGGGGUUCAGGCGAUCGUCUUAUCUCACUUUGCACCAGCGAGUUCACACCGGGGAGAGACCGUUCACCUGCUCCGUGUGUGGGAAGGGAUUCUCUCAGUCCUCCCAACUGCUCUCACACUGGCAAGUCCACGCUAAGGAGAAACAAUCCAUUUGCUCUUAGUAUUGGAUAGAGUUCACUGGUUGCUGCGAUGGUAGUGAGUUCAUGCUGGAAAGGAACUGUUUAACCAGGCUGAGAGGGGAUUUAUUUGUUCAGCCCAUCUGAUAAACUGCCUCUGAACUCACGAGUAACUACAGUCACCGCACUUUGCUGUUUGUCUCACACAAGAAUGAACUGAAUGAAUGACAUGAUAAUGAUACAGUCUUCAGACAGUUUAGAUGAGAUGAGAUUCCCCGCAGUGUGGAAACAGGCCCUUCGGCCCAACAAGUCCUCACUGACCCUCUGAAGAAUAACUCAAUCAGGCCCAUUUCCCUUUGUCUAAUGCGCCUAACACUACGGGCAAUUUAGCAUGGCCAAUCCACCUGACCUGCACAUCUUUGGACUGUGGGAGGAAACCGGAGCGCCCGGAGGGAACCCACACAGAUACACCAGGGAGAAGGUGCAAACUCCACACAGACAGUCACCCGAGGCUGGAAUCGAACCUUACCUGGUGCUGUGAGGCUGCUGUGCUAACCACUGAGCCACCGUGCUGCCCCAUCUGAUCACUUUGUUUGAAUUUCCCAUUCAGUGUAAGGAAGAGAAGAGCGGGUCUAAGACUACUGUGUGAAACUUGAAUAAGUGCGAUAACAGGGGAGUGAAGACUGAGUUGUCAAAAUUGACUGAGCUAAUGACAUUUAGAUAGAUCAGUAGAGAAGCAAUGGCAGACAUUUCAGGAGAUAGUCACAGAAGGAACACUUCCUUCGGUCUAACUAUUAGAUAUUCUAAAUUAAUCUGGUAACAUUUGCCAGCACUUGUCCCAUAUCCCUCCGAACCCUUCCUAUUCAUACACCUAUCCAGAUGUAUUUUAAAUGUUGUAAUUGUUCCAGCAUCCACCACUUCCUCUGGCAGCUCAUUCCAUACACGUACCACUCUCUGCAUGGAAACAUUGCCCCUCAGGUCCCUUUAAAAUCUUUCCCCUCUCGUCUUAAACCUAUGCCCUCUAGUUCAGGACUUCCCUAUCUUGGGAAAAAGAUUGUGGAUAUACACCCUAUCCAUGCCCCCCCCCAUGAUUAUGUAAACGUCUAUAAGGUCACCCCUUAGCCUCCGACACUCCAGGGAAAAUAGGCCCAGCCUGUUCAGUCUCUCCCUAUAGCUUGAACCCUCUAAUGCUGGCAACAUGUUGGAAAAGUUUACAAAACUCUUUCAAGUUUCACAGCAUCCUUUCUGUAGGAGGGAGAGCUGAACUGAAUGCAAUAUUCCAAAAAAUGGCCUAACCAAUGCCCUGUACAGCUGCAGCAUAACCUCCACACUCCUAUACAUUGUUGCACUGACAAAUAAAGGAAAGCAUACCAAACACCGCCUUCACUAUCCUAUCUACUUGCAGCUCCACUUUCAAGGAGCUAUGCACAUGCAAUCCAAGGUGGCUUUCUUCAGCAAUAUCUCUCAGGAUCUUACCGUUACAUGUACAAGUCCUGCCCUGACUUGCCUUUCCAUAAUGCAGCAGCUCACAUUUGUUUAAACUAAACUCCAUCUGCCAUCUGAUCAAAGGUACUCUGAGGUAACCUUCUUCACUGUCAGCUGCCCGACCGACUUUGCAAACUUACUAACCGUACCGCGUAUGCUCACAUCCAAAUCAUUGAUAUAAGUGAUGGGAAGCAGUGAACCCAGCACCAAUCCAGCUGGCACUCCACCGGUCACGGGCUUCCGAUCUGAAAAGCAACCCUCCACCGCCACCCUCUGUCUUCUACCCUCUGUAUCCAAAUGGGCUCGUUCACCCUGGGUUCCAUGUGCUCUGACCUCCCUCACCAGUCUAUCGUACAGAACCUGUCAUUUCAAGACAUUCUGCGACGUUACUUUGUGGUUUGAUGGAGAGUUCCCAGAAGAUGAGUUUGCAUUGCCCGUAAUGGAUUUUGCUUGUCAAUAUUUGAUUGAAUACGCGGGUGACUGCUUGACUGUAGUUAAGAAGGGGCAGAAAAUCACCGUGAUUUUGGUGGCGGGGAGCUCGCUCAGUUGCGCCUAAUAGCAGUUCUGGGUACAAAAGCAAUUGUGCAUUGCUGGGAAUGGGCUUUGUUUGAUAACAUUUAGCUGUUUUACUGGUGGUGGUUAGUAGUUUCAAUAAUAAGAAAAAGCAAAUCACGUUGAUUUGGUGGUGGGAAGGUCACUCAGUUGUGUACGAUAGCACAGAGACAGGCCCUUCGGCCCAAGUGUCCAUCCACGCUAACCCCGUUUUCCUGCAUUUGCCCCAUAUCCCUUCUAAACCUUUCCUAUCCAUGUAUUUGUCCAAAUAUUGUUAAUGUACCCAUCUCAACCACUUCCACUGGCAGCUCAUUCCAUAUGCAUCCCACCCUCUUAAAAAAAAAGUUGCCCCUCAGGUUCCCUGUUAUUCUUUCCCCUCUCACCUUAAAUUGAUGCCCUCUAGUCCUCGAUUCCCCAACGCUGGGAAAAAGACUGAGUGCAUUCACCCUAUCCACGGCUGUCAUGAUCUUGUACACCUCUAUAAGAAACCCCCCUCAGUUUCCUACACUCUAAAGAAAGAAGCCCUAGCUUCUGUGUAGAAAGGCAAAACAAGUCCUAAAGAGUCCCCCUCACUUUGAUUGUUCGCAUUGCCCAUAAUGGUCUUUACUUGUAAAUAACUAAGUGACUACGUGGGUAUUUUACUGGUGGUGGUGGUGGUGGUUCAGAGUCUAAAAUGUAGUCCAGAUGAUUUGUUUCGGGGUGGGUGGGGUGGAAGUCGCUCAGUUGUGUGUGAUAGCACCUUUGGGUGAUUGUCAGAAAAAAAUAUGUUCCAGAGUUGUGGUAGCGUAGAAGGUUUUCAAAGGAUACACCAGGGUAUAGAUCAGUUGCUGAGAGGGGUGGAGAAAUGGCAGAUGGAGUUGAAUCUGAGUCAGUGUGAGAUGCUGCAGUUUGAGCGAUCAAAUGUUAGCAAAAGUAUACAGUUGAUAAUAUACAGGCCGGCACAGUGGCCAGCACUGCUGCAUCACAGCGCCAGGGUUCAAUUCCAGCCUGGGUGACUGUGCAGACUCCACACAGACAGUCUCUCUGUGUCUGCGUGGGUUUCCUCCCACAGUCCAAAGAUGUGCAGGUUUGGGUGAAUUGGUCGCGUUAAAUUGUCCAUAGUGUUCGGUGAUUUGUAGGUUAGAUGCAUUAGGCAGGGGUAAAUAUAGAGUCAU